GAUGGCAAAGGAAAGCAUGGACGUUGAUGCUGUGGAUCUCCUGCAUCCAGAAACGCUAAGUAAAUCAACCAUUGUGAAGCUUCUAAGACAGAGAAGUGUUCGUAUUGACCAUCCUGGUGAGAUGACUAAAGAGGAUUUGGUUGAGAUAUUCUACCGUACUGUACUUCCAUUACCACAGAGGCAAUUUAGAGAUAAUAGAUGGGGAAAAAUGAUGGCUAAGUUGAGGCCCAAGAAAAGAAAAGUCAAUGAUGUCGAAAAAUAUUUAAAGAAUGUUGGCCCUUCACCAGCAAAGCGGAAAGCAUUUGGUCACUCCGGGGGAUUGAUUACAUCAGCUGAUGUCAGAACAUCACCUUCAGAAAUGAGACUAAAGCCGCCACCUGUGGUCAUUAAUAAGAACAAAACUGUUGUUAAACUGAAUCCAUCAAAAAUAGUCUCUAAUCCAUCAAGUAGCAUUACCCCUGAAGUUGUGAAAUUAAACAAAACAAAAAUAAGUUCAAAAACAACAAAAUCAGACAGCAGUGAAUUCUCAUCCACGAACACAAACUCUGAAUCAGACUCAAGCACGGGGAGCAGUAAGUGUAAAAGCAGUUCCGAUAAAAGUCCUGAAUGUAAGAAAGUGUCGUUGAAACGACCACCUUCAACCGAAAAAAGCUCCACUUGUGAAGAAACUGUUACAAAAAAGAAAAAAGUUUUGAAAAUAACAUCACCAUCGACAGGAAGUAAUCAGAUCUCAACAGAUACAUCUUCAUCGGAAUCCCCGUCACCCUCAAAGAAGGCAAACAUUAGGAAGAUAACAUGGCCUUGAUUGGCUUCACAUAAUAAAUCAUUAGAAUAUGCAUACUGAGUAACUCCAGGCAAAGAAACAGUAUUUUCAUAAACUCUUGUAAGAACACAACAGUGACAUUUUCAACAGAACUGUCAUUACACUAUAUGUUUUGUGUUCCUGAACUUGUAAUGUUAAUAUCCAACAAUGGAGAUUCAGAUUGUACAUACAACGUUGACAUUAUCUGCAAUAGAUAAUAAGUCUGGCGUCCUCACAGUUUCAUGUGGGAGAGGCCUAAAACCCUGGGGGUUGCAUCAUGGAGUGUAUGUUCAUUCUGUCUUUUGGAACCUCAUUGUGUUAUUGCAAGUGAAAUCACUUCGCGAUAAGGUUUGUAGCAGCAACUCUUUGUGUGUUCACAUCUGUUUUUUGUGUUCUUUUAUGCCGGCGUAACCCAGGUAUAACAGAAAAACAGAUGGGAACCUGUUAUGUUAUACUUAAAGGGAAAGUCAAGGCUAACAACAUAAUACUCGCAGAUUAAA